AUGGGUAUUACCAAAUUUAGUGAUUUAACGCUUGAAGAAUUUAAACAAAAGUAUACAGGCUUAAAAAUCAGCAACUAUACCGAUAAGGCAAAAACCAUAACAGAAGGACCAAAAAUAAAUUUGAAGCUAAAAGACAUACCAGAUUCAUUUGAUUGGCGAUCCAAAGGAAUGGUCAGUAUAGUGAGAAACCAAGGUACUUGUCGUUCCUGCUGGGCGUUUAGUACUAUCGGUAAUGUGGAAAGUGCCUAUGCGAUCAAAACUCAGCAGUCUGUUAUACUUUCUGAACAACAAUUAGUGGAUUGCGCUAACGAUCACUGUAAUGGUUGUGCUGGGGGUACGCUACUUAACGCGUGCGAAUACUUACAGUCACAUGGUGCAAUGAGCGAAGACAGCUAUUCCUAUAUAGGAAGAGAUGGCCAAUGUAAAUACAAUCCUAAUAACGUCAAAGUUAAGGUUAAUGAUUGUUUGUCUCUAAAAGUCUCCGAAGAUGAGUUGGCAGAAAAAUUGGUAACCAUCGGACCACUGUCUGUAGGGAUUGAUUCAGAAGCUUUACAACAAUAUAAUGGUGAACCCAUAACAGAAGGAUGUCCAGGAUCAACACCUGAUCAUGCGGUUCUUCUAGUUGGUUAUGAAACAGAUGCUGUUGGAAAUAAAUAUUGGUUGGUGAAGAAUUCUUGGGGUGCAAAUUGGGGUGAUGAAGGAUACUUCAAGAUGCAGCGCGGAGUUAACUGUCUCAACAUUAUGGAAAUACCAGCUGUUACUGCUAUUGUAUAG